CUGCGCCGUGACGCGACAACCCGGUCUGCUGGUCGCAUACAGGCGGCGGCAUUGAUAAACUGAUAACGUAAACUUAUCGUAAACAUUAAACAUUAUACGGCCAGCCACCAGCUGCAGUAGCCUGCUACCAGAGCCACUAAUCACUAUACGACUGCAGUUCACAGAACGCUACGAGAUUGCUCUCCUGCGGUCCUGUCUACCUGUACGUUGUCGCUACCGCGGUCCGCCGACGUCAAGUCAUCUCAUCAGUAGUCAUCUCUUUAGUUUCUUCCGAUAUUUUAAUGCAUACCGCCCUGUUAUCGCCGUCGUUUAUUGCGCUGUGCGGUCCGCGUCCCAUGUCGUGGUAAAAAUGUUAGCGCUCGUCAGUUGUUUGUCGAUCGGCGGACACAAUGAACGUACCUUUUCAAACAGCAACACGAUUCGGGAAGUCGUUCAGUAAAGGCGAUUUCUUCGUCUCGCUGAUACUCUGCUUCAACUACUACGGCUACCGCUCAACAACGACGAUUCGUUUUACACGCCCGCAGUAUUAGUUACACUUGCCCGUAUACCGUACACACAUAUCGUCUGGGAGAUGUGGAUAGCAACAUGGUAUUUGAGCUUCGUCUUGUUCUCGUGUCCCAAUUGUCUGCUGUUCGUUUGGGUCGGAACCGCGACCGCCCAAUCUCUGAUCAUCGACGAACGACCCGGUAAGUAUCCAGGUGGUACCUUUUCUGGAAUGAAAUUCUAUCCUAUCUAUAGCCAUCUAUACUCUAUCCUAUUAUUGUUCUCCAAACAGUGUUUUAAUUAUUUCUUCGGAUUCUCAUUCCACCGUAAUGCAAUUCUUUGUCAGUCACUUAAUUUGAACAUUUUGUUACCUAUCUAUAAUAUAUUAUAGAGUAGAGUCGCUCUUAUCCGGUCAUCGCUAGUCCGGACAAUUUAUAUUUCGUACUUUAGUAUAUACUUUUAUAUAUACAUAUUAUACAUAUAUAUAAAUAUUAUAUAAACAUGAUUUAUGUUAACGUCGAUUGUUAUCUACUAUAAGACGUAUUAGAUUACUUAUUUAUAGCGUAACUAUAGACAGUGACGUACUUAUAUAGAAAUUAAUUUGAGGGGGAGGUUAUAAAAAAAGCUUUUGGGUUUUAGAUAGUACAUAGAUCAAGUAGAUUCAUAAAUACGCACGUGUACUGUACCAACCAUACAUUUUUCGGAGGAGGGUCAACCCCGAUACCCUCCCCUUAUUACGACACUGACUGUAGGUACCUAUACGAAAUUGGAAUUAUCUAAUGAAGUUUUCAUGUUUUUUAUACUGUACAGUUGUAUUGGUAUAAUACAUAUGAAUGUGCAAUGUAAAAUAAAUCAAUACAUUUUUAUAAUUUUUAUAAAUAAUGUGUUAUUUUUUUUUUUUUGAAAAAUAAGUUGAAAAAAACAUUAUUCCGUUUAAUCUGUAUUUUCAAUAAUCUGGAUAGAAUCCGGUUCUAUCAAGUCUGGAUCAAAGGGACUUUACUGUAAUAAUUUCUAUUAUCCAAGUAACAAUAGGAUUUGGUUUUUCUAAUGUCUAAUUUACAUAUAGGUACUUAUAUAUAAAUAUUUUGUUGGUGUGUAUUAGUUCAAGUACUAGAGUUUCAAUGGUUUAUUUAUUUUUUGGAUAGGUAAAUACUGCAAUAUUUCAUUCUUAAGGUUUGGAUAAAGUAUCAAAUCCCAAAGUUUCAAUAAGUACUAGAUAGGUAAUUAUUUAAAUUGGUAUUUGUAUAAUUUUUAAAUAUUACCUAACGAUAGUUCAAAUUAAAUUCUAAACAUGUGAUUGUGCAAGGAGGUACAGCACGGCAGUAUUUUAAAUUUAAAAAAAAAAUGUAACUAUUAUAUUCAAUGUAGGUAGUUAUAGUACCUACCAAUUAAAAAUAAUAAUAAAAAAAAAACUUGAACAGAUAAAUAAAAUACUAAAAAUAUGAUUAAUUAAUUUAUAAAAGUAGGCUUGGUAUCUACCUAGACUACAAGUAUUAAAAUAACAUAUUUAAUUUUGCGUUAGGUUUUAUCCAUUUUUAUAAUUUAUUAUUUAAUGCAGAAUGAAUAUUUAUCAAUCAAUAUUACCUACCUAUGUCUCACACAUAAUAAAUUAUAUUCCCAUAUUUCUAAUAAGAAUGUAUUCAAUUUUCUGUUUACAGUUUUUGCUAUAAGCAAACCACAUAACUUAAGUAUAGCUAAUGCAACGAGUCGAACAAUUACAUUAACAUGGCUUGCGCCAAAUGAUGGAAAUGAUGCUGUAACUAAUUAUAGUCUUUAUUAUGUAGACGGAAACAAUACUUAUGCAAAAUUAAUGCCAAACACACAUAUAUACACAAUAGUAGAUCUCAGUAAGUUGAUUACUUACUUUUUUUUAAUAAGUAUUGCCUAUGACUUAAAUUCAAUUUUUAUUUUUUUUUUCAAAUAUACUUAUUUAGCUAGAUAUUUAGAUUUAUUAAUUUUUUUUUUUUUCAAACAUUAGGUUAGGUUUUUACAUUUCCUUUUUAAUGCAAUUGCUACCUAAAUUUCACUUCUCUAAAUCUUACUUGUUUAAUUAAUAUGCAUAAACAUGCUUAAUAACAAUAGGUAUAGCAUAAUGUAAGAUUAAUCAAAGUCUAGAAUUUAUUUUUUAGAAAUAUUUUAAUUUUAUAAUAUUGUAAAUGAAAACUCUAUUUUAGAUUCUGAGUAAAUUUAAAAAGCUAUUUAGUUUACUUUGACUUGUACUUUUUUAUUUAGAUACAUAAUGGCAACUUAGGUAAUUAGUUAAUUUUUUAUUUACUGUAUCUAUUCUUGAUUUCUAAAUGUAAUAUUCAUACUCUGUAAAUUAAUAGAUAAUAUAUUUUUUCGUCAAUAAUUUGGCUUCAUUAAAUUUAAAAAAAAAAAACCAAUAAUUUAUGCUCUAUAAGUUAAAAAAGUUCCAGAAUAAAAACUUCAAUGAUUUUUUUAGGCAAUAUAUUAUUUAAAAAAAAAAAUUGAUAAAAUAUUAUAAAGAUUGAAAUUGAAACAGUUAUUUGAUUUAAAUUUUUAAUAAAUAUUAUUAAUAAUGAAAAAUAAAACAAUUAUAUUAAAAAUGUGUUUAUUUAUUUAAAAUUUAUUAUAUUGCUAUUUUUAUACUAAAAUAUUUCAAAAACAUUGUAUAAAAAAAUAUAUUACAUUAUUUAUUUUAACUUUCCUAUACUGCUAUAUUAUAUGAAAUGUACAGAAAUAGAAAGUAUUAAUUUUUAUAUAGAAAUAAAACUUUAAUAAAAUUUUAAUUUUUACAUUAGUUAAAUUACGUUUAUAUACACAUUUUUAAUGUUUAAUGUAUUUAUAAAUGUCUAGAACCUUACACAGAGUACCAAAUGUACAUUGUUGCCAAAGGCGAAAAUAAUAUAGUUAGUGAACAAUCAGAAACAAUAAAUCAAUACACUGAUGUCGAUGGUCCGGGACCGCCAGUUAUUAUGAAUGCCACAUGUGUACCAGGAACUAGUGGAACUUCUAUUUUUUUACAGUGGGCUCCUCCUGAACAUUUUUAUAAAUCUGUAGAUGAAUAUAUUAUAUCUGUUUCAAAAGACCCUAAUUAUGUUCAGAGAUACAGACUUUCAUUAGAAAAAGAUAGUCUCAAUAUAAGCGUAUGUGAUUUAUGAUUUUUUAAAUAGUGAAUUUCUAUUUUUCAUCAUUUAUUAUUCAUUAUUAUAUAAUUAGUUUAAUUAUUAUUUUUUUACAGUUACAAUAUAAUUAUAUUGUUCAAAAUUUAACUGAUAAUACAAUGUAUGAAUUAAAAGUAAAUGGAGCAACAAAAAGUUAUCUAGGAAAAGAUAUAAUUGAAGGUGAAUCUUCAGAGCCUCGUACAGUGUACUUACACAAGGACUGUGAUAAUUUUAAUUCUAUGAAAAACAAUCAUUAUUUAAUUGAAAAUACUAAAUCACUAUUGAUUGGUUUAUGUUGUGUAUUUGGAUUACUAUUUGUUGUGGCUGCUGUAUUGUUUUGGCAGUAAGUUGGUUUAGUUUUGUUAAUGUUAUAUAAUACAUUUUUACAGUAAAAUCUAAUUUUCACCAUAGCUAACAGUAUGUGUGAUAUUUUACAUGUAACACAUAAAAUAAAUGUUUUGUACAAUAGAUGCCAUCCUGUGUGUAGGGUAUACUUUCAUGCUGCUUAUUAUUAUCUGGAGGAUCCACCAUUUGUGUCACAUACUGUACCAACAUUACCAAACUCUGAUUGGUGGAAACAUAAAGAAGAUUCUCAUGUUGUGCCUGUAGAUGGCUUUGCAAAACAUGUAGCAAACUUGCAUGUGGAUGGAGACAUUGCUUUUAGUAAAGAAUAUGAAAUAAUUCAAGAAGAGUCCAUGAAUUUUGAUUUUUUAACUGAAUCAUCACAGCUACCAGAAAAUAAAUCAAAAAAUCGAUACCUCAAUAUAGUUCCUUGUAAGUUAAUAAUUAUUAUGUACCUAUAUUAAUUAUUAAAAAAAAAAAAUUGUUGUAAAGCUAAGCAUAUUUGCAAGCAACAAUUAAUUUAUUUACUGCUAACAAAAAGGUUUCUGAGCAAAGGUCAAUUAAAUCUGUAUUGAAAUGUAUUAAUUUUUAGAAUUUCAUUAAAAUGUAUACUUUGAACUCUUAUAAAAUAUAUUUCUCAUAUUUAAGUGGUAGGUAUAGGCAAUUUCCAUAUUUUGGAAAAGUGAAAUUUAAUCAACUUUCAAAUAAAUUUACAAUUAGCAAUGUAAUAAUACUGUAUUUAAUUUUAGUUAAUAUUAUACACAGUAUAUUAUGCUCUAAUAGAAUUUUUGUCAAUUAAAAUUCUGAAUUAUUAUUAUUUUUUUUUUUAUAUUCAAUUUCACUGUGCAUUUUAUACUCGCAUAUUUUAUUCAGUUACAAUUUAUUAUAAUGUUUAUGUAAGUAACUAACUUAUAAACAAUAUUAAAUAUGCAUUAGGGCAUUAUGAAAAGUAUAAGCUAUAGUUUAAUUCAAAACAAGUUUAUGAUAAAUCAAAACAAUUGAAUUAACAUACAAAUUGUUAUAAAUUAUUCAUUGAACAAUAUAAUAUGAACAUUUGUCAUUGAAUCUUUUAGUAUGUUUUGUAAUUAAAUGUAGCCUGUAGGAAUAUCCAAUUAUAGAAUGCUAAAUUCUUAGGCAUUAAAAGGUUCCGCAAUCAAAGAUAAUAACUUGAUAUUAUAAUAUUCAAAAAUCUGUUCUUAAAAAAACAAUUAAUUCAUCUAUGUUCCAUAUAAUAUAGAAUAUGUUUUACUUUUUUACUGAAGCAUUUAAACAUAACACAAGUCAAUACAAAUAAUUAACUUAUCAUUAAAUAAGACUAAUAGGUAAUAAUAAUAAUUCAAUACUGCAUAAAGUAGAGGUGUUUUGGGUACACUAUUAUAUUCUGAGUGUAGCAAUGAAUGUAUUGGUUUUACAAAGACGUUUAUUUUUUUCUUAAAUGAACACUUCUUACCAGAAAGCUUACUCCGAUGUAUACAUUGUAGACACUUUUUUGAAUGGAAAUUUUGUUUUAGUGAUACUUUUAGGAGGUCAUUUUUUGAUUUUCCUUACAGUUUUCACAAUAAAAGGGAAAAUGUACGAAAUAUAGUAAAAUAUUAUGAUUUUAUUUUUCUGUGUACAACUUUUUUAUCAAUAAUUUUGCGAUUUACAAUAAUGGCACUUUUUCCAAAAGAAAAUCUGACUGGAAAGGUGCUUUAGGGAGGUUAUUUUUCAAUUUUCCCAAGUUUUUCCAGCAAAUGUGAAAAACAUGGAAAAAUUGAUAUAAUAUUAAAGAAAAUAUAUAACGCCUAUUUAAUUAUUUUACCAUAAUAUGAUAUAUAAGUUGUUGACUAAGCAUCACUAUCAACUAAACUCUACUCAGAAUCGUUUUUAGUAAGCAAUGGUUUAUUGUUACUUAAAGAUACAAAUUCAUUUCAAAUCUAUAUCCUACCUUUUCAAUUUCUCAUCAACAAUAGUGGCUGCAUCUAUUUUGUAAAUUAUAUCUGUCUUUUUAUAAACAAACUGGAUAUCAAAUAUUAGCCGAGUAAUAAAUUAUAUAAUUACCUGGUAUGUAGUAUUGUUUGCCAAGUAAUAAUAUCGAGAGUUACCACCAAAAAUAUACCUUUCCUCUUUUCGCUAAAUGAAAAAUUUAGUUUAAUAUUUGAGUAUUAAUGGAUGAUUGUAUCAUAAAUUAUUAUUAUUAUAUUAUAAAAGUAUAAAUAUAUAUAUAUAUAUAUAUAUAUAUAUAUAUUUUACUAGUGAGAAUGCAGUUCGGUUGAAAAGUAUUGACUAGGCCUUUGUAUAUUUUAUAGUAUUACUGUUAAUACAGUAAACUGAUAUAGUGAGAAAAAUUUGCAAGAUAAUCGAUAGGGAUGGGAAAGUACAAUAAUCAGUGAUAAAUGUAUUAUUAUUAAUUACGAUAGUUAUAAAUAUUUUACGACAGAAAAAUAAUAUUAAAAAUAAGUUUGAACUUACUACACUAUACUAUAAUAAAAAAAGUGAUUAUAUUUUGAUACUUUUUGAGUAAUUUCGUGGUAUUUAUAAUCAUAUUUACAUUGCAUUCAAUAAACGAAAUUAAUAAAAUAAUAAACAAUAUUUGUAUCAUACAUGAAUAGAAAAAAACAUACCAAUUUUUAAUUUACAUUGUAUUUAUUUGUCUAGUUAAUAUUUUCUAAUUUAUUCAAUUGUCUAUUAAUAUUCAAAUAUUCGAAUAAAUUUUUGAUUUGGCGGAAACAGUCAAGCAUUUAAAGUAAGAUGAUAUAUAAGAAUAAUGAAAAUAAUUAAAUAUCUACUAAGAACUAGUGGCCAAGUCACCUAACCACAAGCCAAUAGAUACUAAAUAAUCACUCAAUAAAAAAUUAAAUAUGUAUAAAUAUUAAAAAUCAAAUCAUAUAUGAUGUACAUAUUAUUAUAAUUAAUUUACAAUUUUCGCCACAGUGAGAAAAUGCAAUAUAAAAUCUUUUUUCAUUUGAUCAAUUUUGAGCCCAUAUUUUUUUCUAACUUCAUUAAAAUUUGGAAACUGAGCUUUACACAGUGAUCGGGUAUUGAAGGAAAAAAAAAUAUAUUAUUACGCCAGGUACCAGGUAUAGUUUAAGUAAACAAUUAAUAUGGAUGCUGGGUAGUCAUGGGGAAUGAGUAGUUAUGGGGUACAAAAUAUGAUUUCAGAUACCCAGUUAGGAUUCGAUGACCAGGUACCUAGAACAUCUUUAGCAUAUAGAGUAGUGACUAUAGUAAGAGUAGUAUAUUUAUUUAUUUUUUAUAAUAGGCUUAUAACAUACUUGUAUUGUACAAUUUAUAUCUGUAGUAUUAUAUCAUUAUUACAAGUAUUUAUCUAUUUUUUUUAUCAUAAAAUAAACAAAAAUAUGUAUGACAAAUUGUAUCACAUAAAUAAACAUAGUUAAGAAACCAAAUUUGUAUAUAAAGCAAAGGUAUAUUGCAUUGUGCAACAUAGGUUUUAGUAUUUCAAUAUCACUUAUACCAAAAAAGUUAUUUGAGUUUCCAAAACUUAAAACUAUCAGACUUUUAAAUAACUGAGUUUUUUGUUUGUAAUAUUGAAAAAAUUAAACCAUUGUAUAGUGCACAUUCUUUCUUUUUCUAGCUGAAAAUUGUAUUUCAUAAUUAAAUCUAUAAUAUGAUCAGCCCUCUUGAGAGGCAUACUCUCAUAAACAGUCUAAGGUCAUCAGCAAGUAUAACCUUAGUACUACAAUUAAUUAUAUUAUCUUAGUGAGCUCAUGGAAAAAAUAUAAGGAAAGCCUUAGGUCACCAGUUGACCCUUGAGUGGUUUUCAAAAGUUGGGUACAUUUAAUUAAAUAUGAGUCAUGAUUAUAAAAGCUUGCUAUCACAAGCUCUGUUCAAUUUAAAAAUUAAAAAUGGCAUGAUUUACAGCAGAGGUUAUCUAACUUUUUUUUCUACAUACCAUCAAUAUGUGAUAUGGAUCUGUCACAUAUCAUUUAGAUAUGACUGAAAAUUGAACUGUUCAUAAUAUCUAUAAACUAAUUUCAUAAGGAUAGGAGCAUAAGACAGUAAAAUACUAAAAUUAUAAUUAUUAACAUUAUAAGAAAUAAAAAAAAACUGGGUACAGGUACAGCUAAUGUUGUAGGUAGGUAGGUAGGUAGUUAGGAAGGUGGUAUACAUUAAGUUACUAAAUGUAACCAAUAAUAAACUAUUGUUAAUGAAAAAUAAAGUUUGGUUACAUAUUUAUUUUUUUUAACCACUGAGUGGGACUUAUAAUGAACCCUCUGUUAAAUUUUCAAGCAUUUCUGUUAAGUCUAACAAUUUUUUCCACAGUGUACCUAUCAAAUAAAAAUUACUUAAAAACUAGCAAUAUUAAAAUGUCUAUUAAUAACUCAAAUGAUUCGAAAGUUUUAGGCCUAAAAAAUGCAAGUAUAAAUUUUCUGUAAAAAUUUCAGGUCACUACAAUUAUUUUUCACUGAAUUUCAUUAAAAAAAAACAAAAUUAAAAAUAAUAAAAGAAUUAUUUUCCUACAUUUUUUUGUUAUUUUUUGAGUUGUAAAAAUUAAAGACAAUGAAAUUAGUAACACCACAGUGCACUGCAAAUAUUUUCCGGUUUACCUAUAAUUUUACUUCAGGUUUUUCUUAGUUAUUUCGUAAACUCCUUAGAAAUUCAAAAAAUGACCUCUCCAAUGCACCAAUUAGAUAAAAUUAUCUUUCAGAGGCGUGUCACUUGAUACUUGGGAAAAAGUUGUAUGGUUUAAAAGUAGCUUACAGACACAAAAAAUAAAAAAAUAAAACACAUCAGCCAAUAAAUCUUUUGCUAUGCUUUGAAUCUAAAAUUUAAAUAGUAUUUGAACAGUUGAAAACACUUGUACCCAUACAUAAGUUAAUUUUCCAAACUGCUACUACUUGGCUUUUUAUGUACCACCAUGUUGCUUACUGCUACCACCUGUUGAGAACUGCUAGUUUACACUAUCAAAGGAUUUUUUUUAUUUUGGUUGGAUAGUGUUUACUUGGUCUUCAACUGAAAUAUUGUUAAUUAAAGAGGUAAAGAGCAAUAUAUUAAUAAAUCUGUAUUACAAAAUUAUUGGUAAGUUCUUGAUGUUGUGUUAUAAUAUAUCCUAAGAGUAUUUACAAAAAUGUUUUCUGAAAAUAAUUUUGUUACUUGAUUUAUUUUAUUAAAUUAAGUUGAAUAUUUACAGAUGAUCACAGCAGAGUUAAACUUCAUUUAAAUAACAUGCCUGGUAGUCAUUCUGACUAUAUAAAUGCUAACUAUAUUGAUGGUUUUGAAAAAUCGAAUGCAUAUAUAGGCACACAAGGACCAUUACCAACAACAAUUCUUGAUUUUUGGCAAAUGAUUUGGGAACAACAUGUUCAUGUUAUAGUAAUGAUUACAAAUUUAGUUGAACGUGGUCGGGUAAUUAUAUUUUAUAGACUUUAUUUCCUAUUUUGUAAAAAUGUAUCAGAUUUAUUUUUAUUGUGUAAUUUAAUUAAACAGCUGUCAAUCAAAUCUUGAAAUAAGUUUAUUUUCACAGGCAAUUUAUUGUAUUUGUUAUGGGUGCAUAUGUUAUUUAGUCUGAUGUUGAUAAUUGUGAUGAAAGAACACCUUUCUAAUGGCCAAAAAAAAAAAAAUAUUUUUUACCUUUAUACCAUUAUUAUUAUUUUUUUUUUUUAUCUAAAUUGUGAUAUAAAUAUUUAAGUGAAAAAUUUAUAUUAAUUGAAAAAAAAAAUACUAUUACUUCUCGGCAAAUAUAGAUAAUAUUACUAUAAAGAUUAACAUAAUAUUUUUGUUCUAUAGAGAAAAUGUGAUUUAUAUUGGCCAAAUGAAGGUACUGAAAUAUAUGGUUUCAUACAAGUUACAUUAUUAAAAGAAGAACUUAUGGCCAUGUAUACAGUUCGUACAUUUCAAGUGCACCAUAUACGAGUAAUAUUAAUAUAUUCUAUUUUAUUACUAAAUAUGUCUGAAAAUAUCUAUUUGCAGGCUAAAAAGAAAAAAAAUACACCAGUAGGUAGAACCAUAUAUCAAUACCAUUAUACAAAUUGGCCUGAUCAUGGUACACCUGAUCAUCCUUUGCCAAUUCUAAGUUUUGUAAAUAAAUCAGCUGGAGCUAAUCCCCCUGAUGCUGGUCCUAUUGUUGUUCAUUGCAGGUUUGUUAUAAAUUGUUAUUUGUUUAUUUUUUUUUUUAAAUUAAAAAUACUGUUUUUUUUUUCAGUGCUGGUGUUGGUAGAACUGGUACUUAUAUAGUAUUAGACACUAUGCUAAAGCAAAUUAGAAGUGAAAAAGAAGUAAAUAUUUUUGAUUUCUUAAAACACAUCAGACAACAAAGAAAUUUUUUAGUUCAAACUGAAGAACAAUAUAUAUUUAUCCAUGACGCUUUACUGGAAGCCAUUAACUGCAUGUAUUCUAGUAUAAAUAAAAAAACCUUAACUAGUUACCUUCAAACAGAUAUUUCAGAUUGUAAAAUAGCAUCUUUUGCGUCAGAUUUUGAAAAACAUUAUAAGGUACAAAUAAUAAAUAAAAACUCGGGAGUCUUAAAAAUUAUUUUUAUACAUAUAAUCUACAUUUUUGCAGAUGAUAACAUCAUUUGUUCCACAAGACUAUUUAUUACUUUCAGCUAAUAAACCUUUUAAUAAGAUUAAAAAUAGAUCUCAAGAAUUUGUUCCAGUAGAGAAUUCUCGAGUACAUUUGACACCUAAACCUGGAGUUGAAGGCAGUGAUUAUAUAAAUGCAUCAUGGAUUAUUGGUAAAUAAUAAAUAUUUAUAUUUCUCAAAAGUGCAUAAUUACAUGUUAAAUACUAUACCCUGUUUCAAAGGAGAACAUACCACUUUCAUUUCUUAACAUAUCCAUGAUUACCACCAGUGUUACCUGGUAAGGAUGUGUGUUACUGAAUGAAAACUGGCCAAGAAAGCUGUAUGUUCUUUUUUUAAACUGGGUAUAAACCACUACAGUGUUGAAACUGCAAUUUGAAUUUUUUUUUUAAAAGAUUUAUUUCUUUUUUUUUUUUUUUUUAUGUAAAUAAUUUUUCUACUAGAAAGCUAACUUUGGUGUAUACAACUUUUUUGAAAGAAAAUUUUCUUGGGGUGGUUCUUUAAGGAAGUCAUCUUUUGAUUUUCCCAGCAGUUUUCUUAAUAAAAGGGAAAAUGUAUGAAAUAUAUUAGUAAAAUAUUAUGAUUUUUUAUCGUGUACAAUUAUUCUAUCAGCAAUUUUACUCUGAUUUACAAUAAUAGCACUUUUUCCAAAAGGAAUUCUGAUUGGGAAGAUACUUUAUGGGAGUCAUAUUUCGAUUUUCCCGAGUUUUCCUAGAAAAUAUGAAAAACCAGAAAAAACAUAGGAUAAUCGGUACAAUAUUAAAGAAAAUAUAUAAUGCCUAUUUAACUAUUUUACCUUAAUAUGGUAUAUAAAUUGUUGACAAAAAAUCACUAUCAACUGAAGUAAAAAAUAAAUAUUUAUCUGAUAUUUACUGAUAAACACAAUGGACACCACUUAAUGUUGGCAUAUUGGGACCACCUCUGUUUGCCUACACUAAGUGGCUAUUCAAAAAAACUGAAAUUAAUUUAAAAACACAACAACUUGUAAUAUUAAACAAGUUUUUAUUUUGCACACCAUACAAUUAAAAAAGAAUGUUAAAUUAUUGCAUAAAUAAUACUAAAUAAAAUUACUAUUUGGAUGUGGAAGGUGUACAAUUGCAAUUGCUUGUUGCCUAAGCUGUUUAGAGUGGAUCUGGUUAACAAAAUGAGCACUCACUACAAGCUUAUCAGACAGACUAUUUUCAUUACCCUUUUGCAUGAAGUCCCACGCAAAAGGGUAACGGAAAUAUAUUUAGUCAACAAAAUCCUAUUAAGGUUUAAAUAAUAAUGCUUUUUAUUGUAAUAAUUUUUGAUAAACACAAUCUCAGAUACCUGAUUAUGUUAGUUAUUUUUAAAUAAUAUGUAUAUUAUAGCGUUAUGAUAAAAUAAAAAUUACCCACAUAAAUGGAAUCAAAUGCCCACAUUAUGUGGUUUUUUAACCUUGUUAAUAUACAUUUGUUUGAGACCAAACCAUUUUGCCCAUAUAAACUAGUGCAACAUAAUGAACCUCCUGUUAAAUUUUCAAGCAUUUUUGUUUAGUCUAACAAUUUAUCAGUACCUUCUGAACAAAUAUUAAUAAAAAUUUAUUAAAGUAAUAAUUAAUUGAAAUGUCUAUGAAUAGCUCAAAAUUAGCUUAAAUGUUGGACAAUUUUACGGUGUCUAAAAAAGACAAAUAUAAUUAUUGUUCAAAUUUCAAGUCUAUAAAUAUUUUGAACUGAAUCAGUGUAAAAUAAAAUUUAAAAUAAUGCAUUUCGUACAUUUUCUUAUUUUUCCUUUGUUUUCCCAGAUUAUUAUGAAAAUCACUUGAAAAAUAAAAACGGCCUUCCUAAAAUACCACCCAGAUAAAAUUUCCAUUCAGAAAAAGUAUUACACUUGUUAUAUCAGAGCUAGAUUUCUGGUAAAAAGGUUGUUUACAGUUUAAAAAAAAAAUAAUAAUAAACAUUAUAGAACCAAUACAUUUUUCCCUUUGCUUAGAAUCUAAAAUGUCGAAUUAAUUUAAAUUCAUUUUUUCGCUAAUUUUGAACUUACAAAAUUUUACCAUUAAAAUAAUGAAAAAAAAAAAACAAGAGUUCUAAUUAAACAAAUACUAAAAUUUAAAAAAUAUGGAGUGUGAAAUGUGUAUUAUAUAAACAAAAUACAAAUUACAUGGUGCUGUCUGAGGGCAUUGAGUGCUUUUAAUUAGUGUUUUCACACUGUCAAGAAAUCCAGAAAAAUUAAUGAGACAAAAAUCUAUACUCAUAUAAACAUCUAAAAUAUAUAAAUAGUUAAAAUUGUAUAAAAUAUAAAAAUAUAAUCAAAGCCUUAAAAAUUAAUAAUUUGAGUGACAUAAAUCUUGAUAAAGUCUUGAAUAAGGCAAAUGUUUUUUAAGAUUUUUAUUCUUUCUAACAUAUACACAACCAAAAGUAGACCUAACUUUUUUCUAUGUUCUUUAAAAUUCUGAGUGGAGUGAAGAAUGUAUUGGUUUUUUGGUUUUACAAUAAUGUUUAUUUUUUGUUUUUCCUGUGAACAACUUUUUUACCAGCAAUUUUGUUCCCAUUUACAAUGAUAGCACUUUUUUUGAAAGAAAAUCUGACUGGGGUGGUAUUUUAGGAAGGUCAUUUUUUGAUUUUUCUUAGAAUUUUUUCAAUAAAUCAGGAUAAACUUAGGGAAUAGGGGAAAAUAGGUACAAUUUUAAUCAAAUAUUAUUAAAGAAAAUAUACAAUGAAUUUUUAAUUAUUUUACUAUAAUUACAUAUAUAUUGUUGACAAAGCGAUACUUUCAAACACAUUUUGGUCAGAAUUAUUGUGUUCAGAUUUAUAUUAAAUUCCUAUUUAUAUCCUACCUUCCCAAUUUCUCAUUUACAAUAGUGGCUGCAUCCAUUCCUAUUAUCCUAGGACAGUAUUUUUAAAUUAUAAUUGUUAUUAUUAUUGUUCAUUAUAAUUAUUUAAUUUAAAUAUAUAAUAAUACUAUUCAUAAUUUUUAAUUUAAGCCUAUAAACCAUGCCAUAUCAAAAGAUUACUUUGAUAUUUAUUAAAUUUCAGAAUUAUUUAUCUUUUUAUUUUUACAGGAUUUCAGAGGUUAGGUGAAUUUAUAGUUACUCAGCAUCCUCUUGAAAAUACUGUUUUAGAUUUUUGGCAGAUGCUUUGGGAUCACAAUGCACAAACAGUAGUUAUAUUAACUGACAUGAGUGAAGAUGUGGUUGGUUUUAUGUCUUACAAAUUAAAACUUGUGUAAACGUGUUUUUUUUUAUUUAUUGUAGGAUUCAGUUGUUUCAUUUUGGCCUGCUGAUUCUAGUGUAACAUUAGAUAGCGAUAAUUUCAAAGUUAAAAGUGUUCAAGAAGAUAAAAUAGGAGAUGAUUAUGAAACUAGAGAUCUUGUAAUUCAAUCUGUUCAAGAUGAUUUUAUGCUACCAGUUAGAUUAAUACAUAGUAAAUAUUCAGUCAGAGAAUUAUCUUCAUUAAUCAAAUUAUUAGAGAUUGUACAAAUGUGGCAUUUAGAGUACCAAAAUGGUCCUAUUGUUGUAGUAGAUAAGUAAGUAUUUAAUUGAUUUAUCUGUAUAUAUAUAAAAAAAAAAAAAUUGUAAUUUUAAUAUGUUUUACAAUUACUAUUUAUUAUAUAAUCAAUAAAUUUAAUUAAUGGCAUGUGAAAAUUAAUUUUUCUCUGGUUUGUGUCUAAUUAUGUUAUUAUUUUCUAUAUAAAUCAGGAGUACCUUAAAAUAUUACUUAUAAUUAUAAGUGUUUAUUAUUUUAUUUAUUUUAUAACUAAAGGUAGUAUUGUUUAUUACGUAUUUACUGUGGGACAAGCAUACGUUUUUAUUAUAUUAAUUAUAAUUAUUACAUAAUUAUGUACUGUCCAUUGUUGUUUGUCUCAGAGACAAUAUUUAUGUGUAAUUUCAUUCCGAUUUUUACUGUUAUCAAUAAAGGACUAAUUAAUAAAGUAGAGUUAUCAUUCAUAUUAAUAAUACUUAACAAGUGUCAAUAAAGUUUUUUUGUAAGAUUAUUACAUACAUUUUAGCAUAUUUCUUUUUUAGUUUUUAUUAAAAAUAAAAACAUUGAUAUGUAGUAUGGAUUUAAAUGAAAUUAUUUUAUAAAUGUAUUAAACAACUAAAACAAUAUUACUGCAUUACAGAUACGGUGGUACUGAAGCAGCCAUAUUUUGCUGUUUAACAACUAUUAAUAAACAAUUGCAACAUGAAAAUUUAGCAGAUAUUACAUUAUAUGCUAAACUUUAUCAUAAUCAAAGACCAGGAAUUUGGAAGGAUAUUGUAUGUCAAAUUAAAUUAGAGUCAUGAACAAUGUAUUAUUAUUUUAUUUUAUUUUUAACAGGAAAAUUAUUUAUUAUUAUAUCGUGCUUUGGAACUCAUGUCAGGAGGAAGCUGUUUUAAUGUAUUACCUUCAAGUUCAAUUACCAGUAUAAAUAAUAUGGCAAAUGGUAGUCAUAAUUCAAUUACUUUACCAAAUGGAAAUGCUCUCUCACAAAAUAAACAAAAUGGAGUAUUAAUUUCACAAUCAUAAUUUUUAAAUAGUAUGUAGUUUAAAAUUAAUUGUGAAGUAGUUAGAUUAAUAACCCAAUGGUCCUGUAGUACCUAACCAUAUAUAUAUUUGUGUUAUCUAAGAAUUUUGUCUUAAAACUAUAAGAUAAAUUCAAAUCUUUCUAUUUUACUUAACUUAAUCAAAUCUCCAAAGUUGAAAAUAAAAAAAUUUAGCAGUAAAUAAAAUAAAGGUUUUUAUGGGAAUAAUAAUUUUUUUUUGGAAAUUAACAUAAAAUCUAUUUUUUUGUCAUUAUCAGGUAUUCUGAUAAAAAUGUUGAAAAUAGCAUAAAUAUUUUUUUCUGUAUCUGAAGGAAAUUUUACAACUUGAUAUUUAUAUAAUUUGAUUUGUCUUCAUAUUUACAUAAUAUAAAAGUUGUUUUAGUUAGUAUAAAAUAUUUAAGAAAUUUUUGUUGGUUUCUGUUCUGAGAAAAAUUUUGCUCAAAACUCUUAAAAUUUCUAUAGUUAAAUUGACUAGUUGGUAACUACAAACAUCAACUUACUUUGUAUCUAUAAUUGAGAUUUAAAUUGCUUAAAGUUGACUAAAAACUUUAAAAUUUAUUAAAAUUACUUAAUUUAUGAUCAUACUUAAGUGUUUUCAGCAUUUAACAUUUAAUUGAAACAAACAUUUGUAGAUUUUCUGUCAGAUAUCAAAUCAUUUAAAUAUCAUUAUUAACAUUUUAAUCACAUUUUAAUUUCUUAGUAUGUAGGAAUAGUUUGUUAAAUUUGAAGUAAGUAGUAUCUCCUCUGAUUUAUAAUAAUAUAUUUAUUAUUUUAAAUAUUGUAUAUUCAAUUAUAAAUUGUAUACAAUAUGUAUUCAUAUUAUAAAUAAAUAAAUAUGUUACACUGCGAAAUCCUUUAAUAUGACCAUUGAUUAGUAGAAAAAUGUAUAGUUUAUUAUCAUCACUUUCAUAAAAUCAAAUUCUAUUUAAACAAUGAACAAAUUUUUAAAUAAUUAUUAUCAGUAUACUUUGUAGUUUGAAAUAAUUUUAAUUAUAUUAAGUGAUACUCACUAUGUAUAGGAUGAGUACAUUUUUAGUUAAUAUUACAAAUAAUAAUAAUUAUAUAUUAUUCAUUUAAUAGUUACAUGAGCAAACUAGUUUUACUGUUACAAACUAUGUAAUAAAACAUUAUGUCAGCUUUUUGUGAUAUUUGAGUAAAUUUAACAAACUCUUAAGAAUUAAGGUUAGAUUAAUAUUAUAUUUAUGCAUUUUCAACUUUUUAUUGGACUAUUGAGAUUAAUAGCCUAUAUAAAUCUAAUUUUAUAGAAUUUUAAAACUACCUCACAAAAACCCAUUUUAAUACACAAUAUAUAUUUUAUUUUUAUUAUUUUAAAUAUAAAUAAAAAUCAUAAAGUGCAACAAAUAAAUGUCUUAAAUUCAAAAGUAAAUCGCACUUAAAGUUAUUAAAUUUAAAUACAAAUUUAUUUGAUUUUUCAUUAUCAUUAGUUUUUAUUUUAUUUCCCUCCAAAAUAAACUAUUCAGUGCACUAGGAUUGUAAUAUUGCUUUACAUAUAAGUUAGAAAAACAUAAAAAUAAUUUCCAUAAUAUUUUUUAUAAUACCUGACAAACUAUAGAACAUUUUUAUAAUAACUGUGACAACUUGUAUAAAUACUACUUUACUAUUUUAAUUUGCCCUUAUAAUUGUAUUAUUAAAAUUAUUGCCUUAAGUCUAAAUUAUUAAUAGGAUACACUAAAUUUAAUUCAAAUUUUAAAUGUGAUAUUUAAAAAAAAAUAAUAAUAAUUUUUCCUACAACCCCAACAAAAAUGUUUACAUAGUAUUUUUUCUUUACGUUUUUAAUUUUGAAACUACAUACAUUUUAAUUUAUCCUCUAUUUUAUAUCUUAUUGCUUUUUUUUCUUGGAAAUAUUUCAUAAUAAACAUUAUUUUAAAUUAAACAUAUCUUAUUCUUCCUGUCAAAAAAAUAAUUAAGAAUACAAAUAUUUAAAAUAUGUUUCCCUAUUAUACAAAUUUGGUAUGAUUUACAUAUUUUAAAUAAUAUCCAUACAUUCAAAACAAAACUUUACCUCAUUUUGUACAAAAUAUUUUAUUAGGGUAUUAUUAUUUACUUGUUUAGUAAUAAUAAUUAUUUAGAAUGCAUGAUAAUUUUGCUACUUGUAUCUGUGAUUCAUAACUUAAUAAUUUUUAAAUAUUUUUGUUUUUCUAUUUUUUAAUUCACAUAAUAUGGUUUAAGUUACUUUUAUACAUUUUUCUACUCAUUAAGUGUAACACACUUUACUUCAAUUCCCUUAUGUUCUGUAUUUUAGAAGUCUGCCAUAAAUUUACAACUAUGUUUAGUAGUACUCAAGUCUGGGCAUUCAAUUAAAUUAGUUAAAUAAAUAAAGUUCACUUUAAAUUAUACUAGUAAGUUAAUUUAUAAAGUGUAAUAAACUAUCUGUGCUUGUGGAUUCCAAUUUCUAGCUGUGUUCAAGUUAAUGUGUUUCUGUGACAGUUAAUCCAUUAUUUUUAUUCCCUAGUGUUCUUUAUAAAAAUAAUUCUUUCUUGUCCCCCUUAACCAAAUAAACUAAUUAUAAUUGUUUCUUUUUUCAUAUAAAAAAAAUAUGUAUAUCAUUUGAAAACCAUUAACCCUCCUCAACUACUUUACUAGCUACCCCUGGUCUAUCCCACAGUUGGUCCUUCCCCUCUUUCGAGUAAAAAAAAUUAUCUUAUUACUCUCUAAUAAAUGAUUAAAAGGCAUUGAGCAAAAAAGUUUUAUGAAAAUAGAUAAAGUAGUUCUCCAAAUUUUUACGAACAUGCAAACAAAUAGUGCAGGUAGGAGUUGGAAGUUAAACCUUCUGCAAUAAUAUUAUUCAUGAAUACAAAUUAGAACUCUGUUUUUAUUUUAAAGGUAACUAAAACCCAAUUCAAAACUUGAAAUCUAAACAUAAUCUAACAUGGGAGGGGGUUUAAUCUCUAAAAUUGAUAUCCUUAAUACCUAAAUCAUUCAUACACAAAAUUUUAUCCCGGGGGGGGUUAUAUUUAGAGGUUAGUUUAUUAUUAAGCCCUUUUAAUUCAGAGAGAGUCAUUUAAAGUAUUAAUAAUUUUAAAAUAUAUAAACUAAAUAAUACAAAAUUAACUUAACUUUAGUUAAUAAAUAAAACAGUUAACUUUACUAUGUUAAGAAGUUAUUUACUAACUUGCCCAGCCUUGAAAAUACUAUAUUUUUUUUUGUUAUGUUCAAUAUAUACCUAUAUUAAUUUAUAAAGCUAUUUGCUGCUAAACUAUUGUGGCUCAAUUUAAAUUGUAGUUAACCUACAAUUUUAAAGUUUCAUCAAUUAUAAUUAUCUUUUAACUUGAAGUUUAUAAAUUAUAUCUUAAAAUCUGAUAAAUAAAAUGAUUUACAAUACAGAAAUAUUUAAUGAAUUUAAUUAUGAAUGAUAUGGUAGCUGUACAUCAUUUGGUAUACCUAUACAUUCCUAUUUAACAUCAUGACUAGGUGGAUACAGAUAAGAUAACAAGAACUGUGAUUUUGAAAAUUUAUAAAAAGCAUAUAUUUAUGAUAGUCUCCAUCCCUCUCUUCCAAAUUCUCCACUAUAUUUUGAUAUACUUGAAAAGUGCUCCCUAAUAACAUUUAUUAUUAUACAAAACAUAAAUAAAAAAAUUAUAAACCAAACUUGAUUUUAAAUUGAACUCAAUUGUUAACACAUUCUUCCUAAUAAACUAUACAUUAUUUUUUGAUUUAAAUAAUUAUUUUUAAUUUUUCCAAGUAUUAUUAUAAUUAUUAUUAUAAGUUGUACUCGGUUGGUUUAAUUUUUUAAUUACAAAAGUAAAUUAUUAUACCUCUUAACUCUUUAUUAUACUCAAUAUAUAAUAUUAUUUUAUUACUAACAUACUCUUCCACUAAUUAUUGUUUAUUUUAAAAUUCACUAGAUCUUUAUUAACUUAGAUUUUUUUUGUAUUUAGGUUAUAUAUAAUAAAUUUCAAUAAUAAAAUUUGUCCCAAAAAUAAUUACUAAUUAAAGUUAAAAUUAAUUAAUUAAUUAAUUGAAAUUAAAAAUUCAAUGUAUACAUUUAACUUAUUUUAUAAUUGUUACCAAUUGAAAAUUCAACUUAAAUAAAUAUUAUAUGAUUAUUUAAAAAUGAUAUUGUAAAGCCAUGAUUACUUUAUUAUUUAGAUCUUAUAUAAUAUAUUAAAAUACUUAUUUGAUUUUAAUAUUUCAAUUUUUUAAUUGGGUGUAUUUUUAGUACUUAAGAAUAAAACAAUGAAAUAAUUUAUUAGAUUUGAAUUUACAUUUUUUAUAAUUUUAUUUUAAUAUUUAGUAUUCUUAAGCAUUAAAUGAAUCAAUGCUUUAAUAAUAAUUCAAUAUUUAGGAGUAUCUUAAAAUAAUUAUUUAUUGUAGGACUAAAUUUUGAUCAUUAUUUACUAAAAAAUUGUUUAGCUAUAUAUAUAUGCAUAAUAUAUGAUUGUCACAUACAUUGCUUAGUUAAUAUUGUUUUAAAUUAAUAGGUAACAGUUAUACAAAUAGUUUUUUAAGAUUAGUUUAUUUUAAUUAUUUUAUUGUUGAACUAACCAAAUGACAUUAAGAAAAUGAUUGAGCCAAAACAUUGAAACCAUUAAAAACUAUAAUACUCUUUUUACCUUUCUUUUAAUAUUUAUUAAAAUAAAAUAAUAUUUUUUUGUAUAUAAUAGUAGGUACCAAGAAGUAAAAACAAGUUUAAAACUAGGUAAUACCAUUUUGGGAACCAAAACACCCAAAAUUUCUGGUCAGGUUUUAUACCCUAAUAAAUAUUCACUAUUUACUAAACAUUAAAUUGAUCAAAUGCUCUAAACAUUUACUUUUUUUUUUACUUUAUCAUUUUUGCACUAUAAAAUAAAUAUUUUUGUAUUAAUAUAUUUAAUAGUUUCAUAGUUUUGUCAAUGUUUUAAAAAAAAAUUUUACUUUUGCUUCUCAAAAUUUUAAUACAAUCAAACUUCAUAUGACUCAGUAAAAAAUGAUUAAUGUCUAGACAAAUAUCAAAAGUAAAAACUAGAUCUCUAGUAAACUAAAUUGAGAAUUAAAAUCUAUAAUAUAAAUAUAUUUUCCAAAAAUGUUUGAUUUAGUUAUACCAUUGUUUAUAAAAUAACUAUAUUUUAAUUUAAAAAUUAUAUAUAUAUAUAUACUCACCUAACUUAUAAAUGUCUACUUUACUUUAGUAUUAGGUAUAUUAUCCAAUCACAAAUCAGUAGCAUAUGGAAUUCAUCAUUUUUAUCAUUAAUUUAGUAAUGUGUUAGUUAUAAUAUCUAUUGAUUUCAUUUUUGUACUACUUUAUUAAUUAAUUAAUUAAAUUAAUUAAAUUCUCAUAUUAAAACACGAGUCCAACAAUUAUUAUUUUUUAAAUAAAAGUUAUAUUUAUAUCUAGAGUGCCCUAGAAUUUAAAAAAAUAUACACAAAUGUGUUAUGAUGAAUGUAAAAUUGAUAACCACCUUAUAUACUAAAUUGUAUUCAUUGAUAAUGGCAUUAAAAAAGAUAAUGUAUAAUUUUAUAUUAUGCAUUUAUAAUUUUUACAUUAAGUUACUAUUUUAUAAUUUCGAUUCCAGUUUUUUUUUUUUUUGAACCACAAGGUUCCUAUAGUAAACAAAAUAUAUUUAUAAGAGGAGUGCCAUAGUUUUCAAACAAUCCUAGUGAUGUACUAAAACAUAAAAUAAAUAAAUUCAUUUUUAUUAGUCACAAAAAAAAAUAUAUAAUAAAAUAAAAUCAAUUAACUUAUUUUAUUGAUUAAUGCACAAUAAAUAUUAGUUUGUUUUAUACUGUAUUUUACUCAAGCUAAAUACUACUAAACUUAUAUAACCAUUUAGCAUUGCAUUAACAUUGUACAUUAAAAAUAAAAUAUAUAAUGUAUGUUAGUUUAAUACUAGUCUACUAGUCAAUAAAAAAUAAAAUAAAAAUAAUUAAAAAGGUAUAAUUUAUUGACUAUAAAUAGAUAUUGUUUAAGGCUGUUUUAUAAUAAUAAUGUAUUAAAAUAUAUAACUUUAGAUGAAGCAUUUUAAUUUAAUAUUCUUAAAACAAUUCAUAGUUCUAACUUACUUUGUGCUUAUAAUGCACACAUAGAAUUGAGCUAAUACAUUUUCUUAAUUUGAGAUUGAAGACUGGUGAUUUGUUCAAAGUUGGAUAUUAUGUGCUAAAUUGUUUUUAUUCAGGUAUUUCGAACAUUUUGUGUUUUAUUUUCUUAAUACAAAAUUGAUUUAGGUGAUUAUGCCUAAGAAAUAUUAUUUAAAUGAUCUAAAAUAAAUAAAUUAAAGAAAUAGAGAUUACCCAAUGACUGUCAUUUGUUAUACAUUUUAGUCUAUUAUUUUAAUAAUUUGAUCUUAAAAUAGAAUACGAUAAAGAAUUUUUAAUAUUAUACAUUUUUUUUAAAUUUUUUAUUUUAUGUAAUUUAUUUCUUUUUACAAUGUAUUAGUGUAUGGAACAAAUGGUUAUUGUAUACACAUUUUUGUCAUUAUAUGUUAAAUAUUUUUUCAGUUUGUCCAGAAAGUUUGGAAAUCUUCCAUAUUAUGUUUAACCUUUAAUGUUCAAACUUUCUAUCCAUGCUGUUCAUGUUAAAGUUUUUUUUUAGAAUUUAAUUUCUCUAUUUAUAAUCGGUCUCUAAUGGUCUACAUUUACUGUAUAAAUUUACCAUUAUUUUUAAUUUCUAAGUACUAGUCUUUUAUGUGUAUAUAUAUAUAUAUAUAUAUAUAUUAUAUAUGUAUGUAUGGCCAACGUAUUUUCCUAUUUAGCCCGUGGGGGGGGGUCUGUUUUUGAAAGCCCUUGAUCCUGUAACAAAAAAAAUGUAUACUCUUAGGUUUGGCAAUUAUAAUUUUUUUUUUUUCUAUUGGCGCUUUAAAUUGUAAUGUCACCAAAUGACAGGUGUAUACAGCUACGUAUUUUUAUUUAUAGUUACCAUAGUUCACUUUUUCAAACACAAAUAUAAUAUUUAUUUUUUAAUUGUUCAAGGUAUACCUAACAUUUAAUAUAAUACUCAAACAAUCUCAAAUGUUGAUUUUGCUCAACCAAAUUUUGUAUUUUUUUAUAAUAUUUUCUAUGUCUAAAACUUACAUCACUGGUCAGUGAAUUGUGCCAAAAUGUAAUAAUAUUGUACCCACGGUAGCAUUGACUGUUUUUUUUUUCUAAUGAAUUUUAUAUUUAUAAUUCAAAGUCUGAUUAAAUAACAUUAUAAUAGGUGUUAGGUAUAUGUUAACACUGCUGUUUGAAUAACAUAAUAUUUGGUCAUUUUUCUAACCUCUAAUAGGAACAAAAUAAUAUGAUUAUAUUCUUAUAUUAUUUUUGGUUUUUUGUAAACUUGUCUAAUUCAAACAUUUUGGAAAUAAUUAGGACUCCGGUACCUACAUGAUUUUUUAAACAUAUUUAUAUCAUAUUCGUUCUUAUAUUGUCUAUUAAAUAUUACCUGUAAAACAACAUUGUUUAUAUAUUAAUUUAUUAAUAUUGUACACAUGUCAUAUUGUUAUGGUAUGGUUUUUAAUGCAUCUUAUAUCUUGUGUACAAAGCCUUUAAACUGUCAAAGGUACAGACAUUUCUGAGAUGUAUAAGUUGACUAAUCUUGAUUUUUAAAUAUAUAUAUAUAGGUUUUAUAUCAAUUUGACAUUGUAACAUUUUACUAAAAUUGUUUGGAUUCCCUGGUCAUUAUACUAUAAUAAUCGAAAAAAAAUGUAAUUUGGUUUGUAAAGGAAUCUAGUCACAAUUUAAAAUUGUUUUUAAUUUGUCUAUGGAUUUUGUUGUUGAAAGGAGUUAUCUACUUUAAGUUUAUCAAAGAUAUAUAAUAAUAAAAUUCCUUUGCUUUUCUAAAUUUACUAUAAUAGGUUUAAAUAAAAUAUUAUGAUUGUAUGUAGGUUUAGAAAUUAGGUUUUGUACGUUUAAAUAUUAUACGUGUUGACUGUAUACACCGAAUCGCGUUACCUUAUUAUUAUGUCCAACACUUGCACUUAAGUGAAUUUUUAUGUUGUAACUAAAAACGAUCUUUUUUUAUUUUUAUGGCCAUAACAAAAUCGAUUUGUUACAUUUUCCACAUUAUAAUAUUCACCGGAUUUAGAUUAAUUAUGAUAAAUAUAAGUACGCAUACCCGCACAGAUUAUAUAACCUAACAAACACACACUCGUUUAAUAGUUUUUUUUUUUUCUAAUAGAAUAACGGCAUCAAAAUACGAGAUGUGAAAUAUGUUACGUUUUGAUUCAAUGCUAUUAAAAAAAAAAAAACACCCCUAUUAACCGAUAUUGAUUUUAUUUUUAUAAUUCAAAUAUAAACACUAUUGUAAUAUUAUGUACCUAUACUAUUUUCACACCCGCAUAUUGUAUCCGAACACAGUAAAAUAGUAUUAUUGUUAUUAUUACCGUGUACCCACUUAUAUUAUAUACUUUUAAACUGUAACAAAUCACUACUCUAGAUAAUGAAAAAUAUUUAUGUCUUAAAUAUUAUGUAGUAGACUAGUUGUUUAAGAUAAUAUUAUAUAAUAAAUUAAAUUUAAAACGUAUGUAAUAAUUUUUAAUCGGUACCUAGGUAUUCAUUUGUGUACGAUAAAUCGCUAUAAGUUACAUUGUAAUUAUAACGACAUUAUGCCCAUUAUAUGUAUAAACAUAAUAUAAUAUAUAAUGUAUAUAUAUAUACAUUCAUGCAAUAACAAAUGGAAAUAUACAUUUUAUAUUUGUACGCCUCUAUUUAUU